AUCCAUGUUUAAUUUUCCGUGACACACAACCACGUACACAUUGAUUAGGGAGGGACGUAUAUAUAGGAUUAAAAUGACUAACUUGGUUAUCACAUAAAUCUGUAAUUAAGCUAUUGGUGUCAUAUGAAGACAAGUAUCCAUAUAUGAAAUAAUUCUGUGACGUUUUCGCGAUGAGGAUAUCUAAAAUGACAGACGUCCAGAGUGCCUCUCCUCUCCUCUCGAUGACAACCCCACUGGACCCCGCUAUACCCACUGGCGGGUCCGCUACCGUUUCAAAUCCAGACCUGGACACUUUCAUCAGUUGGUGGCCCUGGGUCAUCGCCUCUGCCUCAGUCCUGGUUUCAGCAGUGGUAGUCAUUGUGAUGAUUUUACUCUGUGUGCGGAAAAGUAGAAAAAGACAAAGGGCAAUUGAGAUUAAGGAUAAAGUCCGAGUGACAGAAAACCAACUCAACAGCUUCACUGGGAACCACACGGAAGGUGUGUAUGCAAACGUCGGAUUUGUCCCGGAUGUUAUACCCGAUUGUGAACGACUGGCGGUUUCCGAGUCCAAGAAAUAUACGUACGACUACAUCCGAACAAUUGAUUGGAAGCAUCUUAUGUGUUUGGAACAGGACAAGGCUGAACUUAACCAACAAAGUAAUAAUAACACACAAGAGACCUAUGAGAAUAUAAUUACAAAGCAAGAAGGAGGUGUUUUAGAUGACGAUGCGAAUCAAUACCAAAAUAUUUUUAGUGGAAGCAGUUGUGUGAAAAAGAUCGGUGAAGACUAUGCUGACGUCACUACAGAACAAGGGUGUGGUCAAUCACAUCACUUGUAUGCAGUAAGGGAGAGUGACGAUAAUGAUUUGGGUAUUUACAACACAUUAAACCAUGGGAACCGUUCGAUCCACCGUCCAAAAUCGGACGACCCUGCUUACAGUCAUAUACAGUCAGAGUCGGACAAUCACUAUGCGCUUCUCUGUGGUGAAGCCACGAUGGCCAAACCUAAAAGGCCGUGCGACAAAACUUCAGUCUGAGAGUGAUUUCAAGUCCGGAGUCCAAAUCUGACAAAUUACUGCUGUAUGAAAUAUCAUGACCUAAUUACUGGUAUCUGUAUUAGAUAUCUUCUAAGAAAUGUUUUUAUUAAAAAUUUUCAUUAUCUUGA